AGGAAAAAAUACAACUCUCUCUAUCUCUCUCCUCUCUUCUCUCUCUCUUCACUUCAAUGAGUGUUGUCUCAAGUGUUGCUAUUUCACUCAUCAUGGCAAACAGACAUGGAAUCACACUCCAGCACCAAAGUCUCUGUUCCUUCUGUUAAAUUGAACUGUGUAAUCUGUAUAGGGUUCUUAUUAAUUGUUCUUCACAUGAUAGUGUUUCCCUCCAUUAAUCUCUUUUCUUGCAGCUUUUGACUCUUUCAAAGCAGACAAUAAAGAGACUUCGUUAUCAUUUCCAACUCCUCCUUGUGUUCCUCAAUACUCCUUUUCUUUACUAUAAAAACUAAUAUUCAUGGAGGGUUACGCAGGUUACAGAAAAGGGAGAGAAAUUAAUUCAUACUCAUAUUCGUAUUCACAUUCACAUUCUAACUCAAACCCUUCUUUUUCUUCCACACUUCUUGAUGCUAUUUAUCGUUCGAUCGACGAGGGCGAAGAGGAAUUAGUAUCGUACAAAGAAACCAUGAAGAAGAAACAGAAUGAUCUUGUGGGCUUUCAAAGCAAGGAAGAAAUGGCAAAUUUUCAAAGAGUUUGCAUGAUAGAGAAAUGGAUGGAGAAAAAGGUGAGUGAAAAAGCGGUUGAUAGGAGAAAAUCCAUGGUUGAUUUUGAUAGAAAAUCAAGAAAAGAGAGUGGCAAUAUUGGGAACUCUUUGUUCUUGAAAUCGAGUUCGAGUUCUUCGGAUUCGAGUUGUGGAGGUGGAUUUUCAUCCUCAGAAGCUGAAUCUGUUCAUGUGGUUUCAUCAAGAACCUCUUGUUAUGGCUUGCAAAGGCCUAAACCAAUUCGAACAAGCGUUAUGGCUUCUGAGAAAGAAAAAAUCGGCAAGUAUGAUAAAGUGUUUGAUGAUAAUACUUGUCAUCAAAAGCAUAAGAAUGAAGGAGGAUUUAUGAAAACAAAAUCUAAAGCUUUGAAAAUUUAUGGGGAUUUGAAAAAAGUUAAGCAGCCAAUUUCCCCUGGAGGAAGACUUGCAAGCUUUUUGAAUUCACUUUUCACUGCAUCAAAUGCUAAGAAAUCCAAGAUUUCAUCAAAUGGAGCUUAUGAUGAUCAUUCUUCGACUGUGAAGUCUGCGAAUGCAUCGACAUGUUCAUCAGCCUCUUCGUUUUCGAGAUCAUGUUUAAGCAAGACUCCAUCUUCAAGGGGAAAAUCGAGUAAUGGGACGAAAAGAUCGGUCAGAUUUUAUCCUGUAAGUGAAAUUGUUGAUGAAGAUUGUCAGCCAUGUGGGCACAAAUCUUUACACGAAGAUAAACAAAAGUUGGAGCCUAUAAAAAGUAGAAUCACAAGUUCUAUUAACGACGAGCUGAUGGUGCAUCUUAUGGAGAAGAAUCGUCGAGUCGAAGACGCUGCAAGGGAUUUGUUGAGGAAUUAUCAGAAGAAGGUGGAGACUGAAUUUGAGCUGGAAAGACCCCAUGUCAAAAAUCAAGUUUUUGAUAAUCAAGACGAAGAUUUAGAGGAAGAUGAGGAUGAGGAUGAUGCAAGUUGUGCAAGUUCGGAGCUUUUCGAGCUCAAUAAUCUUUCAGCCAUUGGAAUGGAGAGGUAUAGAGAAGGAUUACCAGUGUAUGAAACUACUCGUCUUGAUAAAAAUCGAGCUAUUGCAAAUGGCUUGAUAUUGUAAUCACCCAAAAAAAAAAAAAAAUUAAAAAAAAAUGAAGAAAAUAAUAAGUCCUAGGAGUAUUCGUACUUUUUUAUUAUGUUAUUGGCUUGGGGGUUUACUAAUUAAAUCAAAAGAAAUUGUAUUUCUUUUUGUAAUA